AUGGACCACCCCCAAACCCCGCGCAUCCUCGCCCCGCACCUCUCCCAAUUCCAGCACCGCAUCGUGCGCAUCCUCGGCAAAGUCGUCCAACUGCGCGGCGAAACCGCCGUCAUCGACGCCGGCGGCAACGUGGACGUUGUUUUGAACCGCGACUCGCACCUGGCGGUCGGCCAUGCGGUCGAGGUUAUUGGGAAAGUCGAUGGCAAUUUGAAUGUCAAGGUGCAAGCGUGCACGGAUUGGGGGACGAGUGUUGAUUUCAAUGCGGCAAAUGCGGUUGUUGAGGCUACGCAUAGGCACAAGGCGAUUUUUUAUGAUGGGGAGUGA